AUGGCUGAUGACGAUAACUUCGACAUCGACAUCUACGGUGAAGAUUAUGCGAGCCCAGAGGGUGCGCGGGAUAAUACGCACAGUGGAGGUGAAGUCAAGGCAGACGCUACAACUGAGAUGCAAACAGACUCGCUCGUAGACGCAGAACGCCCAAACUCCGCAAUGCAGACCAAUGGACACAACGCGAACCAAGCGAACACCUCAGUGAAGCAAGAAGACGGCCAAGCUGAAAUCACCAACGGCAGCGCGCAAUACCACGACACGCAGCAGAUCGCAAGCACUGGCGGCUCUGCGCAUAACCAGUCGCAGCCCCCGAAACAAGCUCCGAUACAACAAGGAACCAAGCGGAAGGCGGAGAAUGACGACCGACCAGUUGAUCCAGGUGCUUCGUCGGCACUGCUCAUCAGUGAACUCCACUGGUGGAUCAACGAGGACGACAUCCGCGGAUGGGCAAACCAGAGUGGCUGUGAGGACGAGCUUGUGGACGUAACCUUCAACGAGCACAAGGUCAAUGGCAAAAGCAAGGGUCAAGUCUACGUCGAGAUGAAAUCUAUGCAGGCUGCCACAGCCCUCAAGCACACGCUCGAAUCAUUCGGCAACGGCCAACAACAUUUCAAGAAACCUUCCGCAAUCUUUUACUCCGCGCACAAAAACCCCUACCGGAUGCUUCCCAAGGACGUCCCCAACCGCAAGGAAGGCGGCGCGCAGAACAACCGGUCGACAUUGAGCAACUUCGGCGGCAGUCAAGGGGGUUCGGGUGCCAUGCAGAACAACAACUACAACCAGGGCGGCAACUUCCGCGGCGGGCGAGGCAACUUUCAACACCGCAACCAAGGAAACAUGGGCGGCUUCCAGAACCGCAUGGGUGUUGGCGGCUACGGUGCGGCGAACCCAAUGGCUGGAUUCGGAGGUGCGCCCAAUCCAAUGGCCAUCAUGAAUCAAUUCAACAACUUUGGCCGUGGCGGCAACAUGAUGGGCGGGAUGCGCGGCGGCAUGCCUCAGAACCGGGGUGGAAGAGGCGGCAUGGGCAACAUGAUGGGCGGCAUGGGUAUGCCGAACAUGGGUAUGGGCGCGAUGGGCGGUAUGGAAGGAAUGGGUGCUACGGCUGGUCUCGGUGGACCCGCUCAACCGCAUUUCAACCCGGCCUUCUUCCAGGCUCAGCACGGCGCGGCGGGCAGCGACAGCCGGAAUCCGCAUGGAGCGAAGCGGCCAAGGCCGGAGUAG